UUCUUGUCGCAAAGACAAAAAGGAAGCUCACGAUCAAUUCUGUUCGGCUCUUCCUCCUUGUUCUCGCCACGCACUUCCUGUCUUCUCCUCACAGUACAAUCUCUGUCUUAAAAAACACUUUAUUCAUCGAUCCCUCUCUCUCAUCAAUUCUCCUCCGAUCAUCUUUCCCCGGCUGUCCAAUCCAAUUCCGAAAGCAAUGAACGAGUGUGUGGUUGCUUCUCUCAAUGGUUCCAACAAAGUGGGAGUGUCACCACCACCACAGCCUCAAGGGAAAGGAAGAAAGAACAAGAGAAAGUUAGCUGACUCUCCUCAACCUCUCACUGAUUCCUUAACUGAGUUCCCUCCAUAUGAGUUAGUACAUUCAUUAAAAUUUCAAACUCCUUUGUCUGAAGAGUCUGAAUCCCUAGGAUGGGAUGAUCCGUUUGCUUGUUACCUCGAAGAGCUCUUAACAUCGAACCUGAUGGCUCUCUUCCGUAACGCAAUGGAUCAGAUCGUGGCUUGUGGGUACAGAGAGGACGUUGUCCUCAAAGCUAUCUCAGGGAGCAGACUCUACUGCGGAGGGAAUGAUCUUGUUUCCAACAUUGUGAACGACACGUUGAGUUUCUUGAAGAGUGGGAAGAAAGUUUCUGGUUUGAGAGACUGUUUGUUUGAGGAUCUGCAGCAGCUCGUCGCGUAUACGCUGGUAGAGAAGAUAAGCCUUGUUAAAGAAGUUAGGCCGUCUGUUUCGACGGUCGAAGCCAUGUGGAGGCUGUUGAUGUGCGACUUGAAUGUUUUCCAAGCGUUUGAGAUGGAAGGAGAUGGCAUUGUGGAGUGCAAUCCUACAAAGUACAGUGAGCCUGUCGUCAAAUUUGGGAACUUCAAGAACUGUAAUGGUUCUUCUAGUGAAGUCGCUAAAAGAAAAACCUUAGCUUCUUCUUCUUCUUCUGUUGCUGCUGCUUCCGGUGAGAAAUUAGUGUCCGGUCGAAAAGGCCGGACCAAGAAAGAAGUGGCCAUGAUGCGGCAAAAAUCAUGUGUGGAUAAGAUCAGAACUUACAGCAAAGGGAGUGGUUAUAAGACUGCAAAGUAUCCGUCGGUCGGCGGCUUUCUUGUUGAGAAGAGAGGCAAAUCACCAUCAAAGAUAGCAUCAGAGGUUGUGAAAGAUCCUCCAGCAUUAGAUGGGAGUGGAUAUUUUACUGCCUUACCUGCUGUUAACGCUCCACCAGCACCGUUACCUUCUUGUUCUGAGCCAGCGCCGGAUUACUACAUUGGGAUCCCUUAUGAUGCAUCUCUGGGGAUAUACAUUCCCCGGAACAAAAGAGAUGAGUUGGUUUUAAAGCUAGCUCCCAGGAUGAAAGAUCUGGAGACUGAGCUUCAGGUGUGGACUGACUGGGCCAAUCAGAAAGUAAAGCAGGCGACUAGCAGACUUCUCAAGGACCAGCCUGAGCUCAAGGCGCUGAGGAAAGAGAAAGAAGAGGCGGAGGAGUUGAGAAAAGAGAGGCAAAUAUUAGAAGAGAACAAUACGAAGAGGCGGUCCGAAAUGGAGUUUGCGUUGAGUAAAAUGACUAGACAGCUGGAGAAAGCGAACAACGCGGUUCGCAGGCUCGAGAUGGAACAGUCUCUGUUGAGGAAAGAGAGGGAAGCUGCUAACUUAAGAGCUGCUGAGGCUGCUGUGAACUAUAAAGAAGCUAAGGAGAGAGUGCAAAGGACGUUGAAGAGUAGUCAGUCAUGGGAAGGGCAGAAGGCUUUGUUGCAGGAAGAGGUUAAGAGUCAAAGGGACAAGGUGGCAGAGCUACAGCAAGAAGUUGCCAAGGCGAAAAAUCGCCAAAACCAAAUUGAGGCUACUUGGAAACAAGAAAAGGCAGCGAAGGAGAAACUUGCUGCUCAAGCGACUGCACUAAAGGAAGAGAGAGUGAAACUGGAGGAACUUGGAAAAGCAGAAGAAGAGAGAAUCAAAACAAAAGCUGAGAACGACGUGAGAUACUACACCGAGAACAUCAAGAGACUGGAGAGUGAGAUCUCAAAGCUGAAACUCAAAUCAGAUUGUUUGAAGAUAGCUGCGUUGAAGAAAGGUAUUGAUGGAAGCAAUGAUAUGACUCAUACCACCACUACUACAAAGGCAAGUCUGAUUUGGGAGAACAAUCAUAGGACAGAGGGGAAGAUCAAAAGGGAGAGGGAAUGUGUGAUGUGUUUGUCUGAAGAGAUGAGUGUGAUUUUCUUGCCUUGUGCUCAUCAGGUUCUUUGCUCUAAAUGCAACCAGCUUCAUGAGAAGGAAGCCAUGGAUGAUUGUCCGUCUUGUCGGGCCAAGAUCCAGAGGAGGAUCCAGGCUCGUUUUGCUCGCGGGUAAAGCUUUUUAUCCGCUUACGUGUUUUCGAACCAUGAUGGCAAUGAAGGUUUUGCUUUGGUUGUUUUCUCUUUGAACUGCUCUUAUUACAUCAGUUACGUCUAAAUUAUACACAUCUUGUAAAGGGUGACUUUACAUUUCCUCAUUUUCUUAUAUCCAUCAGUAAUAAAUGGAAGAGGCUCUGCCGACUUUCUUUACAUUUCA